AUGUCGUUAAUCGUCCAGUACGCAGUCGUUGCAUUUUGGGAGAAAUCUGGUUGUAAGAUCGUCGCCGAUUAUUUGGUCGAUCCUGAAGCAAAUUGUCGAGAAAUUGCUUUAACUACGAUACAGGAUAUUAAGAGUCUUGAAAACGAUAGGACCAGCCUCGAUCGGGAAAUACCAUUUGUUAUUACCUCCAGAUAUAUAGUGCAUCUAUUGAUCGGAGAACUUCAUUAUGCUUGCUUGACAAUAAAACCAGAAUCUUCAUCGGCGGUAUCUCAAUUAGUAUCCUGUUCUCAACUCUUUCUCGAUAAACUAAGAAACAUUUACAGAGAAGUACCAAUAUUAGCUGAUCUAUCUAGAGAUCUAACUAAUCUCGCUGUCAUCGAUCUUUCUAAACCGCUUCAACAAAUUAUCGAAGAAUACAAUAAACAGGAAACAAACAUCGUACCAAGAUUGGAAAAUGAAUUAUCCGAAGUACGACGGAUGUUAAUGGACGGUGUUCAAAAAUUGAUAGACAGGGGUCAAAAGUUGGACGAUUUACUUCGGAAGACGCAAUCUUUAGAAAUUAAGUCAAGAAAAGAUUUUCACGUUGCAACAAAGAUAUCACGAAAGAAGAACGUUUUCUUUGCGAUUACUGCAGCCACAUUUAUGUUCGUAUCAACAACACUUUUUGUUUUCUUUUUGUACAUCGGUAUUUUGUAAAAAUAAAAAAAAAAUAAAAAAGUAUAAGAAAAUAGACGAUGAUAUUAGUAAAUUAUUUAUUUAAUUACUUUUCACGUUCUACCCGAAUCCGUUUAUUAUUCGUAGGA